AUGGUUGAAAUUUCUUCAGAAGAUUACAACAAUUUAGAACUGUAUCACAUAGCUAAUUCAGGAGUUAACGGAACUUGUAUACAUAAUCCUUGUAAGAAUGAUGCGUUAUGUUUUUAUACAACUUCAUUGAAUGACUAUUUUUGCCAAUGUUCCACUUGCUAUUCUGGUCCAUUUUGUGAUAAAGAAUCUUGUAAUAGUGAAGAUGUCAACUUAAGUUAUUUUAAAAAUUUGAAAAUGAUACGACUUAACGAAUCUAGUUAUUAUGCUAUUGCUCUCCUCUUUAUUAUUUUUAUUGUAGCAGUUUGGCGUUCAAUAAAAUUAUACAAAAGAUUUGAAACAAAUAGUAAAGAAUCAAAAAGCGAAAAAUUUGAAAAAGAAUAUUACUUAGAUGAUCAAGAAUCAAUGACAACUAAUUUAUUAAUGAGUUAA